AUGGGACCUGGGGGUAUUUCUAGAUGUAACAUUAACAUAAUCACUUUAGUGAAAGGAAGCAUUGGUUAUAUGGAUCUAGAAUACUACAUGUGUCAAAUCUUGACGGAUAAGUCAGACGUGUUCUCAUUUGGAGUUGUGUUGGUAGAGGUAUUAUAUAGGAGGCCUCCUAUUCUCCGUGCGGUGGACAAGAAGCAGCAAAACCUUGCUGAAUGGUUUCGAACAUGUGUUGAUCAAAAUGAGAUUUAUGAGACUCUGGGUCCAAACUUGAGGGGAAGUAUAAAAGAGUGCUUAAACGCAUACACUGAGAUUGCGUUGAAGUGCUUGGCUAAUAAUGGGAAUGAACGGCCAUCCAUGGGCGACGUGAUGUUGGGGCUAGAGUCUUUGAUGGAGUUGCUGAACGAAGCAGAGAAGACAAAGCUUGGUGGGACUCUAAAUGAGGAGGUUACUGUUGAAGAAGGCAUAGAGGAAGUGAGGCUUGAUGUGGACGAAAUUGAAAGAAAGAGCAAGGAAAGAGCUCUGAUCAGGAAAGCGACAAAAGGUGUAGAAAGAAGAGUAGGUUUUACGAGUAGUGAUGGACCAAGGAGCUCCUCAAACAGCAGCAAGUUGACGAGGUCAAGCAGCGAGCAUCAGUCUUAA